AUGUCUGAUGUUGAUAUUGCACACAUGGAAAGCAUGAGGCAAGUUGGGAUAUCAAUUCCAAAGAUCUAUGAGUCUAUUGCUGCACAGGUGGGUGGUUUUAAUUUGGUUCCAUUUACAAAGCGAGAUAUGUACAACGAGGUUAGGCGACAAAGGGCGAUGGAGAAUGGUGACGUGAAUGCUGCGUUGAGGGUUUUGGAGGGUGCAGCCCAGACGGAUGAGAAAUUGUAUUGGAGGUACGAGGUUAGUGAGGGGCAGCACAUGUACGAUCUAUUUUGGAGUGAUGGACGAAGCCAGGAUGAUUAUAAAGUAUUUGGAGAUGUACUAGCAUUCGAUGCAACUUACGGGCAGUACAAGUACAAUCUGCCAGUAAUUGUUUUUUCUGGGAUUAAUCAUCACAACCAGACCUGUGUAUUUGCAACUGCGAUGGUUUCAUGCGAAUCAAUUGCAUCAUAUGUAUGGGUUUUAAGAAAUUUAUUGGAAUGCAUGGGGGGUAAAGCACCCACAGCGGUGAUAACUAAUGGCGAUCGAUCAAUGCGCGUAGCUAUUCAGGAAGUGUUUCCUAAUGCUCACCACCGCUUAUGCGCUUGGCACCUCCUGAAGAAUGCGACGGUUAAUGUGUGUAAACCCCAAUUCACAUCGUUGUUUAGACAUUGCAUGCUUGCCGAUGUUGAGGUUGAGGAGUUUGAGUUGCUUUGGGAUGCCAUGCUGGAGGAGUGUGGGGUUAGGGAGUUAGAGCGGGUCAAGGACGUAUACGAGAAGAAGUCUUCAUGGGCAACUGCUUACAUACGGGGCAAGUUUUAUGAUGGGCUCCGCACAACAUCUCGGUACUUUUUGAGGAACAAUGAAGAAGAGCUUGACUUCCGAUCAUCGUACGGGAUGCCAGUCUUCAAACGCAGUUCCUGGAGAUAUCGUGAGUCACUUAAAAGGUGUGUUCGGGUCACCAUAUUGGAGUGCAUCGAAGGUGAGGAUAGGUGUGUGUAUGUGACACAGAAGUAUAGAAGACCGAAUUCACGGUGGGAUGUGGUUCAUAUGAAAAGGAAAGAGGAGUUUUUUUGCAGUUGCUUGAGGAUGGAGUCAUUCGGUUUGCCUUGUGUUCACAUACUAGCAAUUUUGGUUAGGUUAGACAUUGAUUCCCUUCCUAAAAGUCUGGUGUUGGCGCGGUGGUCCAAAGCAGCGAAGGAAGAUCUUUGUUACGAACUGUUAAGCAGCCAAUAUGGUGAUGCGGGUGUUUUGUAUUGGAGUAGAUUGGGUGCAUUCCUCCAGCACUGCAAGCGGUUAGCAAAAGCAGCAUGUAUUAGGGAUGAGGACUUCAGGCAGUAUUUAGCUAAGGUUGUAGAGGAUACGUGCUUGCUUGAAAAAACAAAUGGACUACGAGUUGCAGUUUUUGGGACCGGAGUUAGCAACAGUGGGGGAAGGGUUAGGGAUCCUGUUAGUGUCAGGACAAAAGGCACAGAAUGUGGUAAUGAACCUCUUGGGUCUAGGGGUAUCAAGCGGUGUAAGUGCAGCACAUGUGGUUGUCUUGGUCAUCGAAGGACCCGCUGUCCCAAUACUCCACCGACAUCAGCACCGUGA